CCCUCAGUUCCGGGCUUAGUCACCGAUCAUACCAUCGGCGGCCGCUUAUGGAAAAAGUUAGUAAAACUCCUUCUUUCGUAAUUAUGCCCUCCGCUUAAUUAAGCUCAAGAUCAUUAUUCCUUCAAAAAAAGUUGCAAAACCAACUCUGUCAUCAGAUGUCUACCAAAAGAAUUAAUGAUGCAUCUAAUAUCUUUCCCCGAGCUAAUAUCAAACAACUGAGUGUGCGAACUCGCGUCUGAAAAGAAAAAAAACUAAAACACGACUGCGUGAAUGACCUGUUACACAACGCCCCACCUACACCUGUUGUCAAAGUAAAACCGAACCUAAACCAUAACUAAUUAUUAAGAAACGACUCUUUUUGAACAUUUUUUCCUGUGCAAGGUAACUUGCUAAAAUCGUCUAGUUUGUGAUAUUGGUUUCUUUAAUCAGUAUAUUUAGUAAAAGAGCACUGCUGGGUGAUAUUAGAAUUCAAUAAUUCCAUACUGCGGAACAAGUUCGUGCAUUACAAGUCAAGCUAAUUCUUGCCCAAUAUGCUCGAUAAAUGAGAAGAGAACAAAGAGAAAUUGUCAUAGUGGAUUGAACGAUUAAAAAAGCUGAUCAUUGAGUCAUGGAAUAAACUCUGUGUUGCCACUAAGCCGUUAUGGUUGACUAGACUAAUAACCCCGGCCGGCGGAUCUUGUAUCGAUCCUGUAUUUAUAGAUUUUGCAAAAGGGCUUUCAUUUUCACUGCAGGAGAUGAUUCAUCUGCAAAACGAUCAUUAGCCAGCCAUGACGUGAGCAGAAAAAAACUUGGUACUUGGUGGUAUUAUUUUUGAUGUUCGUUAUCCUGACCGCAGACUAGCUUUACGACUUCCGGCAAACCGUGAAAAUUAGUUCUACCCGCAAAGUUCGUCAUUUACAGUCCUUGACACCCUUAGUCAUUCUUAACCAUUAUCGUUACUUCUUGGUCUAUUCUUAGUGCGUUUGUGUCCAUCUACGCCUGUAGACUAUUUAUCUUAAAGGUUUCUUCUAUACAAAAAGGUCUUAUGAGUUAAUUCCUAUAUGAAAUUCCACCUGCUUUGGACAAACUUAGAACCCCCUGCCUUCAAUCAACGACGCUGUAGUAACACAAUACUCACACUAAUCAACUUUUUGAAGAAAGCAGAUUUGCUUUGUUUUUUUCUUUUUCUAUUUCCUCUUACGCAAAACAGUUUUAUUUACUCUGGACUCUCUUGGCAGCACAAUUUCCUUCUUCGUCUGCCCUCGAGAGGCUGAUUCGUUAGAAAAAUUUUCGUUUGCUAAUUUGUCCUCAACGAUAUUUUCCUUUCAGCUGUCGGAAGUUAUAGCCAUGUUUGGACAAUAUUGCAGUUCUAUGCUAUAAUUAACCUAUUGCAGAGAGGGAACAGGGGCGGUCGAAGUUAUUUUAAACACAGUGGAAUUAAUGCUCACUUUUCCCGUAGAAUUGUACCACUCAGAAUUGUUGUGACAAUUAAAAUUGAUUGGACGGAAGUCAAAAUAAUACUUAUAUGGUCUUUACCGGUAUGAUCACAAAAUGCUUACAUCAUCAUGCAUGCGGAAUCCACCUGUAAAAAAAGGUAUAAAAAGCUGCUCCGAGCCAGACGUUGCAUUAUUUCAGUCGAAAUCGGUGUGACCUGACACGAGCUGUACCGAAGUUGUCACAGUGACACAAAAUGAAAGGAGUCAUAAUGUUAGUAACCUUUGUCGCCAUUUUUUUCGUGCUGUUGGGAGUUGCAUCGGGAGAGCGUGAAAAUACAUGGCUGUUACACUCUAAGGAUGGUCUUACAAGAAGAAGGUGAGAAUUCACUACGGUUGUGUAAGUCUCUCGUACACUUCUUGUACCAAACAGAGGUUCAAAGAUUCCGAAUAUUUAAGAGUUCAGUCUGAAAACUGAGGUUAAUAGGCACCAGUAUUUCAAAUAACCGAGUGGUUUUACGGUUUGUGCUGCAGUUUGGCAGAUGUGAUAUUGCAGAGACCGUUUCUCAGGCGCGCAGAGAGAUCAGCUGGAAGAUUUAAACGUUGGUGGUGGUGUAGCCAAGACCCUCCACUUCCAGGUUGUGAUAGAAAGAUGAAACAAAAAAAUGGUUCACGUGGAAUUAAUUUGAAACAAUCAAGUAAGUCAGUCAAAUUUCAUCCUUGACUUAAUGGCUGAUUUGUUACUCUCUGAAUCUAUAAUUAAGGGCAAAUAUGGACCUACCCAAAACGUGCCAGGAAUCAUUUGUGGGGGAUUGCUGAUUAUUUUUGUAGGUGUUAAAAUCUUUCUAGAUUGAGAUGAAAUAUAAUUACAAAUAAUUUAAAUCGCUGUUGAAAAAACACAGCCCACGACUAACCCGAUUAAUAAAUAUUUCUUUGAGGUAUGAAACCACGCAUGCUGAACCACUGGGAAAGUGGACUUUGCGGACAAAAUUUAAGGAAUAAAAUAAGAAAUGACAGUAUAUUUGACAUUCUAAAGAACAGCUCAUACGUUGAAAGGAUAUUGAGUCAUUUUUAAAGAGAAUGAAACAAAAGAAAAACCAAGAAUUCUAUAUAUUUGACCGAGUUCAAGUAUUUUCAUUUUUUUUUUUGGGUAAGAAUUUAUAACCAAGGUUUGCAUUUUUAAAAUGUUUUGGAAAGUAUAACUUAAAAUGUGAUUUCUUUUUUCUCUUGACACAGAAUCGCAGCUGCUGGACUGAUUCGAAGUAAUUUUGACAACUUCAGUCGAUUCCAUAAACAUUAACACGCCACAAAUGAAGCCAAUUUGUAAAAGUACAUGAACCGUAUUAUCGUUUUACAAAUUUAGCCGGAUAUUUUAUUUAUGCUGUCAAAUGAUAUUUAUUGGGUAUAUUGGGAAAAUUUAGAUAUACUUAUGAAGAUAGAUGUUCAAUUUGUAACUAUCAGCCGCUUACAAGACAAGCAGUACGGCUUAGGCUUCAGAGGCAAUAAAAAUUGUUGAAUCAAAAAUUAGUUGUCAUUAGUUGCUGCGAUUUCCGG